UUGAGUGGCUGCAUGGCGCCUGGCGUUGUCCUUGGAUACGGGAUUUCUCCUCUUAGCUUGUUUCGCUAAGAAGAUUGGACUCUGUCCAGUUUUGUCGUCUUUGCUCGCUUGCCUCAUGUUUUGUCGGUUUAGGCUCACAGAAGCUGCCUCUUAGUAUAACUGAUAGGAGUCGGACAGCAUGAGCGGCGUCGACUACAGCGUGUGGGACCACAUCUACGUGUCAGACGAUGAAGAUGCCACGUGCCCGUUCGUGGACACUCCGAGCUUGUUCAGAAUGAGACACCGGGUCAGCAGUGACAGUAGUGCUAGCCGUGAAGUUUGGAGUGCUACACCUGAGCCGGCUGGAGAAAAUGGUAGAGUUUCAGCAGAGAGGGGAGGACCUGGAAACCAGCUUUGCAGAAUGCAGGAGGCUAUUAGAGGAAGCCCAGGGACGACUUGCAUACCUAGAAGAAAGAAUGAGGGAGGGAGGUGAGGAUAAGGAGAGCGAAGCUGAGCUGAAAAAAGUCCAGGCAGAAAUAAAGAAACUGAAACAGGAUGAGGAGUCCUUUGAGAAAUUGCUAGAAGAACACCGAAAAGAAGAGAAGAAGCUGCCCUGGAAUGUAGACACUAUCAGCAAGGAUGGUUUCAGCAAGAGUGUGCUCAACAUUAAGCCUUUAUCAAAGGAGGAAACUGGGGAGGAAAAGGUGGAGAACCACAAGAACUUUCUGGGGAAGUAUGGGGAAAAAAUCAAACACUUUGGGAUGCUGCGGCACUGGGAUGAUAGUCAGCAGUAUCAGUCAGACCACCCGCACCUGGUGUGCGAAGAGACUGCUAAUUACCUUGUUGUCAUCUGUAUCGAGUACGAGAUAGAUGAGAAACACGCCCUGAUGGAGCAGGUGGCCCACCAAGCCAUUGUCAUGCAGUUCAUCUUGGAUUUGGCUCGGACGCUGAAAGUUGACCCGAGAGGCUGCUUCAGACAGUUCUUCUCAAAGAUCAAGACUCUAGAUAAGCCGUACCAAGAUGCAUUUGAGCAUGAGCUGGAGAUGCUAAAGGAGCGGGUCCGCAGCUCUGCACAGACUCGUAUGGAGAAAACUGUGAAAGAGCUGGAGGAGGAGGAGAUACAGAAGAGACUGGGCCCAGGUGGUUUGGACCCUGUAGAGGUCUAUGAAUCGCUACCAAAGGAGCUAAAGAGGAGCUUUGAUGAGAAGAACAUUCAGAUGCUGCAGGAAGCUAUGAGCAUGCUGGACCCUGAGGAAGGAAAAUACCACCUGCAGAGGUGUAUUGACUCUGGAUUGUGGGUCCCUGAUUCCAGAGGGGAUGAGGAUGGGGAUGAAGAUGAAGAUGGGGACAAGGAAGAGGAUUAAUAAUACUUUAUUAUAAACCUAGUCAAUGUACCUACUGUGUGUUGUUAUAUAGGUGUUGUUUCUAGCUGCUUUGUUUUUAAAUGUCUCCAUGUUAAACUAAAUCUAGUCAAUUAAAUGCAUGUGCAUAUACCGUGAAA